AUGACCACAGAGCAGCUACUGCUAUUGAUAAACAGGCUAAGUCAAGCAGCUCCUGUAAGUACUCCUACACAUAUUUCCGGCAACUUUGCGAAGUGCUCUACGCGGUUCGAUGGACACAAAACAAGAGACGUGUUAGCUUUCAUCGAUGCCGUCGAAGUAUACAAAUCAUGCGUAAAUAUGAGCGACGAUGUCGCGCUGCGAGGUUUGCCCAUGUUAUUGACGGGGAUAGCCGCUACUUGGUGGCAAGGCGUCAAAGACAGCACCCCGACAUGGCAAGACGCAUUAGAAUCUCUAAAGCAGACCUUCGGGCCUAGGCUGCCCGCGCACAGAAUCUUUAGAAUUAUUUUUGAACGCGAACAGCGGAUUAACGAGACUACAGAUUUAUUCGUCUGUCACAUCAGAGCAUUGUUCGCGCAACUUCCGCAACGUUCUCUCACGGAAGAAGUACAAUUAGACAUGACGUAUGGCUUGUUAAACAAAAGAAUACGCGAAAAG